AUGGCUUCCUCCGACCCCGAGUACAUGGCCGAUCCGCCAGACGGUCAAGGUCGAUUCGAUGCCGGGACCAUUACGACGGGCGCGUUGGUCCUGGGCGGCAUUCUGACGUCGAUCUCCGUCAUAUUCGUCGGGCUGCGGAUAUUUACGAGGCUAUCACUGGUCAAGAGAUCGCUCGGCGCCGACGAUUACUUCAUUGCCGUCUCACUUUCGCUAGCUAUUGUAUUCUACGGCUUGUCGAUUGAAUUAUGCGAAUUGGGCGUCGGUGUUCACCUCUGGCAGGUUAGGCAGGCGGAUUACUCGCCUUGGUUUCUACUUUACAGCUUGAUAGCGAUAGCUGUCUACUCGCUCAGCGUCACAACAGCCAAGAUGUCGCUCCUCGUUCUCUACCUUCGUCUCUCACCAGACCGUGUAUUCAGAAUAGUGGUGAUAACCUUCAUCGCUUUCACCACCGCAUACGCCAUAUCUUACCUACUUUUGAUAUUGCUCAGUUGCAGACCGAUCCAGGCAUCUUGGGAUCUCUCUGCCAGACAAGGCGCAAUGUGCAUCAGCAAAGACACGCUGUAUCUGGUCCUCGCCGCGACCAACAUCAUCAUGGACAUUGUCUGCCUCAUUCUUCCCCUCAAGAUCAUCAUCCCUCUCCAGAUGCCAAAGCGCCAAAAGUGGUCCCUCAUCGCGUUGUUCGCAACCGGCGGCUUCGUCUGCCUCUGCGCCAUCCGACGCACAAUCCUCCUCCCGCCCUUAUUCCAAAGCAAGGACUUCACCCGAGACGUCGAGAAGCAGCUCAACUGGGCCUCCGUCGAGGUCAACGCCGGCAUCAUCUGCGCGUCCGUCCCCGCGCUGAAGCCCUUCUUCAUGCGGUACUUGCCCAUGUUCGUGCACUCGCACAUCACCGGCUCGAGCAAGAAGUCGAACGCCAACUACCAGAACUACCAGACGUCGAUGCCCUACUCGACGACGGUGGAGAACAACAGGAAGCGGCGGAACGUACAGUCGGAGGCGUAUGAGCUGCACUCGCACGACGACCUGUCGCUGUCGUCGCACGAGAUGCCGAAGGCCGGGUCGGAUGAGGAUGUUACGAAGCUUUGGUCUGGGAGUGCGUUCCGGAAUGACCGUACGAGCCAGUUGUUGACUACCAUUGAGUCCAAGACGAUGGAUAUGGACGCGAAUAGCGUCGAUAGUGCGGGGGAGAUUGUGCCGGCUGAUGGAAGCAGCGCAGGGCAAGGGUCACAAGGGCCUAGGAGGAUGGCGAGCUUUCAUGGCAUCACGGUCACGACGGAACUUGAAACCAAGGUUGACUAUGAGAAGACUUAA